GUGUCUCUUUAACUGGGUUUGGUCUACGACACUCUGUGUGUGUGUGUGUGUGUGUGUGUGUGCACGCAUGCCAGCGAGUGCGUGUGAGACAGCUUGCAUCUUUCAGAUCGUGCUCUCUGGAUACCAGCUCCGGGUUUGUUGGGGAGGAGGGGAAGUGUAUUUCAGUCCCCUGAGAUUGCUGUCUUGCUUGCUUGCUUUUUUUUUUUUGGUGGGACAAAUUCUCUCCCACCCUUAUUUUGCAAAACAUCAGAGUGGCGGAUUCUUCUCUGAAAGACUUGAUCUAACGACGCUGUGUGGGAGGAUCUAGCUCCCCGGUCCUGUGUCUGACCCCGGCUGGGGGCUGGUGUAGAUCAGAGUGGGUGAUUUGUUCUGUUUCUUCUCCUGAUGCUGUUCUGCACAUGAAAGGAGGAGCAGCUCCCGAGGAGGCAUGGCAUGAGCUGGAAGCAGCCGCUGGAGAGUAACCGUAGAAGAUGUCGAACCAGAGUACUGGUGACACCAAGCCCCCAUGUUUACCCCGGAAUGGACUAGUGAAGAUCCCCAACCAGCCCAAUGGACUUGGCUCUGCUAGCAUCACCAAAGGGACACCAGCAGUGAAAAACCGGCUGUGCCAGCCUUCUUCCAUGCCUGCUAUCAUCAGCCCAGCCUUAUCCAAUCACAGUGACCUUCCCAUACCCAGUCUGGCAUCACCACUGUCCUUGGCAACUCUGGCAGGGGUGCCGUCCCCUUCUGGCACCUCCAUGGUGGGACUGAACUUGAGUGAGGCCUCCUCGACAAAUGAGCACCCCUCCCCAGAGAGGCACCCUGGCUCCCCCACGGAAAGGCAGCUUGCUGUGGAUGAGAAGAUCCUCAACCGUUUGUUCUGGUACUUUUCAGCCUGUGAGAAAUGUGUCCUGGCCCAGGUGUGUAAGGUGUGGAGGCGGGUCCUGUACCAGUCCAAGUUCUGGGUAGGCCUGACACCAGUGCUGCACACCAAAGAGCUCUACAAUACCCUGCCCAGUGGUGAGAAGGAGUUUGUUAACCUCCAGGGCUUUGCUGUCCGGGGCUUUGACAGCUUUUGUCUGGUGGGGGUCUCAGACCUGGACAUUUGUGAAUUCAUUGACAACUACCCCCUGUCCAAGAAAGGGGUGAAGUCCAUGAGCCUUAAGAGAUCGACCAUCACGGAUGCAGGGCUCGAGGUAGGUCUCCUGCCCCCACUCUGGCUACCGGGAACCACCGAGAUGCGGCUGAGUGAUGGAAGACUCUUGUUCACUGCAGUCCAGCUCCCGGGAGCAAGGUGUGUGCGGAUUACAGACACUGGACUCAGUUACUUAUCCACCAUGUCAUCCCUUAGGAGCCUGUACCUCCGCUGGUGCUGCCAGGUGCAAGACUUUGGCCUGAAGCAUCUCCUGGGCAUGAGAAGUUUGCGCCUGUUGUCUCUUGCUGGCUGCCCGCUGCUGACCACCACUGGGCUCUCAGGCCUUGUCCAACUUCAAGACCUGGAGGAGCUGGAGCUGACCAACUGUCCUGGUGCCACCCCUGAGCUGUUCAAGUAUUUCUCCCAGCACCUGCCGCACUGCAUGGUGAUCGAAUAAGCAGCCCCAACCUUUGGAGCUGUCUCCUUCAAUCCCAACCCAACACUGAUCAACCAACCAGAGUUAUCAUUUUGUUUUAAUUUUAUGUUUUGGGAGAGAUGCUAACGACGCUGUUGAUUUAAAUCACCCACCAUGUGUACAGCAAUCAAGAGUUAGUUAAUCACAUCAACGCAUUGGAUGAGGACACCUAGAGAGAGGGAUAUAUGCUGUCUCCAUAGAGAUGGGCAUCCAUCUGUUCCAUAAGACGCAAUCUCCUGCAAGAAUCUCUCUGCAAAGUUUGUAAAUUUUCCAUGCCUCCAUCAUCACUCAUCUUCUUUGUAAUGGUCUGUCCUGAAAAAAAAAA